AUGGAGACUCUCAAAAGCCUUCUGUAAACACUCAGCUCUUCCCUUUUCAGCAGUUCAUCUCUAACGUUUUUUUCAGUACUCCUGGAGAGGAUAGGGAUAACGAGCAAUUAUAUGGUACUGGAGAAGACCAGAAUGCAACAAGUGCGGGAAACAAGCACUCCGGGGGGCUUUCAGGAGAAGGCAGUCAUCUUGCGAGGUCGACUGGUGGUUCCCAUAGCAUGCCAGGUCAAUACCCGAGCGAUUCAACAAUGUAUCUCACAUCCGACAACAACUAUAAUACCUCCAAUGUUCCUCCCCCUUCAAACAUCGAAAGCAAGAUGGAGUCAAGGGCAGCUGGUAACUCGAGGCCAAUUGGCGAAGGAGCCGCAGAACCGAAUCUGCAUGCAGCAGGGUACCCAAACAUGGGCCCCUCAAUAACCUCCGGGACCCCUUCCAGUCAAGCAGAUCAAGAAGCGAAUAAGUUCCAACCCGGUAUGAGCGGAUCUGGAGCUUUGAGAAAUCAGAAUACUUCUCAUACCGGUAAUACACCCAGAAGUUUCCCACUUGUCCCAAAAACGAAACCAUCCACAGCAGCUGGACCUCCCUCAUCUACUUCGGAAUCCAAGCUUGAUCCCAAAGUUCACUCUAACGUGGAUGGUUCUAGGAAUGUGGGUAACCAAGGAUCCACAGAACCUAGUAUUAUGGAUAGAAGCUAUCCCAUUCAACGGGGGUUUGAAGGCUCUACUGCGGACACAACUUCAUCAGGUUACAAUCACGGUAGUGAGAUAGCUUCAAUGGCAGCGCUUGGAACUUCCCAGAACCAUCAUAACGAAGGCCAAUUUGGCUCGAAUGCUACCUCUUCUACACACACUGGACAACAAGGCAUAUCCGGAGCUUCUCACCAACGCUCACACCAGGACCCCCUAAUCUCAGAUACAACGUCAUACACUCACAAUGACGGUGGCAAUCCGUCUGCAUUAGCAACAGCUGCAGCGGCAACAGCUCUAACCUCGACACAUCAUCCAAAUGAAGGUUCUGUAGGCUCAAACACAGGAUCACAUGGCAUUUCUGAGAUUUCUCAUCACGACCACGGGAAUCAAGGCCAUCUUAGUUCCAAUACAGCCUCUUCGAACCACACAGGAUUACAUGGUACAUCGGGAGUUUCUCACCAUCACCAGAAUGAAGGACCUCUUGGCUCAAACACAACUUCUUCAACUCACACCGGAUUACAUGGCAAAUCAGGGGUAAGUGCAGCCUUGAAUACUUCCAAACAUGAGUAAAGAAUUCUCUGACUAUUAGUAGCCACACCAAACUCAAACCGCAAACCUUCUAGAUCCCCGUGUAGCCGGUGGAUCAUCAGGCGAAGAUGCACUCCAUCACCAUGGACAUCAAUCACACGAACGAAAGCCUGUUGGAGGUGGUGCUGAAGAGGCUGAUCGCUCUCAUAAAAAUAUCGGAGUCACAUCAGCUGAUGCAACACAAAUCAGAAACACCACUCUGGCGCCAAAUCCCGAGUUGACCGGUCACCAUAGCUCGACAUCACACUCAGGACGUGACGCAGCUCUUGGUGCUGGUGUUGGAUUGGGCGUUGCUGGGCUUGCUACACAGUGAGUCUUCGUGGUACAAACGUAAAAUGUAUGUGCUGAUUAGAGAAGUGAACACAGCAGUCAUCACACUGGCCAUUCAAAUAUCGCGAAAGAUGUCCACACAGCUGGACAUGCUAGUCACCACGAUAGAGAUACUGCCGUGGGAGCUGGCACUACGAAACAGUAAGUUGAAUAUAUCUUAUCAACUGAGAAAUGAUUCUAAUUACGGUAGCGAACAUGAUAGCCAUCAUACAGGACAACACACUGGGCAAUUUGGAGUCGGAAAUACUCAUGGAACUAUUCACCAAUCCGGGAGUACCGGGGUGACAGGCAACACAAACUUAAAAAGAGAUACCCAUACACAUGGGGACUCCAGUCACCAUACUAGAGAUGCGGCUCUCGGUGCGGGAGCUGGUGUUGGGGCAGCUAGUCUCGCAAAGCAGUAAGUGUCCAAUUCCAGAAUCAACGUACUCCUACAUUUAUUAAUUGUUAAACAGUGAACAUGAUAAGCAUCAAGCUGACAGGACUGGUCAUGUCGGAAAUGCGUAUCCUACAACUUCAUCAUAUAAUGCCUUCAGAAGCGAUGUUGAGAGCACUAGUACUAAUAGAUCUACACCACGUCAUGGUCAUCCUGCGGAUUACGGUCGUGAUGCGGUACUCGGCACGGGCGCUGCUGCUGGUGUAGGCUCCGCAGCCUAUGAAGCAGAGAAACAUCAAAAAGAAAAGGAACUCGAGAAAGAAAGAAAACACCAAGCUAGAGAGCAUGAGAAGGAUCUGAAGAAGGAACAUAAACGCGAAGAGAAACAUGCUCAUGAACAUGAGAAGAAAGAGGAGAAAAAGCAUAGAGGACUCUUCUCAUUCUUGCGUAAGUUUAUAUAUUUUAUAAAAUUGGUGUCCCGUUUCAAAGUAUACUAAUGAUUAUCCCCAGACCGCGAUAAGAGUAAGAAAUACUCAGAUGAAGAAGAGAAGGAGUUUGACCGCCAAGAGCGUGAGCACAAUGCAUCUCAAACCAAGCAUGGAUAUGAGGCUGCUGGUGCUGGCGCCUUGGGAGUCGGUGCUGCCGGGUUAUAUCAACAGCAUAAACAUCAUGGUAAACACUCUGAUCAACACACUGAUCACCAUUCGGACACCAAGCAGCCCCCCACAGCUGAAAGUUAUGGCGCUGGUACACUCGGAGAAGGAAGUGUACUUGCUGGUCUACCAGGUCAAAGCAAUCUCGGAGCAGAUAAAAUCGGGGUUUUUGGGGCCGCAAAUAAAACCACAGACGUCCACCCAUCAACAACUACACAACACUCCGGUCAUCAUACUCCUACAACGACAGGUUCUAGUGCAGGUGCUGCCGCUCUAGAUGAACACGAACAUAACAAACACUACACGACUUCAGGAAAACACUCUGAUGAUCACUCAACAGGUCACCACCACUCAGGUUCUCAUCAACCACGUCUAAGCGAGGCCGAUUUCGAUCAACAUGGAAAUCAAAUUGGCUCACAUCACAUCCCUUCAGCAUAUGGCACUGAAUCUGGACACGAUGGCAGGAAUAGAUUGCAUAAAGAUCCUCCUGCAGGUCAUCCGGCUGCACAGGCUAUGGCUGAACAUUCAGGACAUGGACAUGGACACGGACAUGGUUCAUCUCACGAUGCGCCUAGCAAGCAUGAAGAUUUGACGGGUGCUGUUGACGAUAUGGCGGGAAAUACUGGUGUCAAGAAUGCUGGUGGGAAUACUUAUUGA